AUGGAUGAAGAAGAUUUAACCGAUAUACCCUUUGCAGACCUGCAAAAACUUCGUGAUCAAGUUGGUAUUAAGAGGUAUAACCAGGCCAUCCGCAAUACCGAAGGCAAAAAAGGAAAUAAACUGACGGACAAUAAUACUAAAUAUAGACCUCAAGAAUUCUCAUCCAAGAAACCAGUUUCAGUUUUAAGACAAAUUCAUCAAACCAAAAAAUCCAAACCGAAAGAUCCCAGAUUCACUAGAAAGAGUGGCACAUUAAACGAGGACUUAUUUGAGAAAUCCUUCGGAUUUAUCAAGGAAUUGAAAACAAAUGAAGAGCAGAUGUUAAUCAAGCAAUUGCAUAAAACGAAAGAUAAAUCUCGUAAAGCAGAGAUAUCAGCUGCUUUGGAAAGACUUAAUCAACAACAACAACAUAUUACGGAAAGAAAACAGAAGCAAGAGAUUAUCAAGCAGCAUCGUAAGAAAGAAAUUGAACUUAUCGAAAAGGGAAAGAAGCCUUUUUAUUUAAAGAGAUCAAUGAAAAAACAAAUGUUUGUAGAGCAAAAACAUGAUACACUAAAAAAGCAAAGAAAAUUAGAUAAAUAUCUAAAAAGGAAAACUAGGAGAGAUACUGCAAAAGAAAGAGCUAAGAUGCCAAAAUCUCGUCAAGUAACGGAAUAA